UCUUGUUCCGUCCACGACCGCCUCGCGUAUUAGCUACUCCACACUAAUGUCUUUUAGUUGAAAUUGCAAUGUACCAGUCUCAACGAGCGUUGACGUCAGGUCUGUGGGGGAUCGCCAUUCCCCCGGCUUCAUGCCGUGACCUUGCGUAUUUACCCCACAAUAUGAAAAUGAAUUCCGCUCAACUGACUUCCGUCUGAAUCCUGCCAAGUAGCCGGUUGUUCCUCAUUAAUGGCUUUAUGUUCGGAUUAUCCGGACAACUGCCGCUUCCAACUCCCGUUCAAGAUGAGUUAGGAGUAUAUAUACUUUGAGAAGAGGGUGGUUACUGAUCUCACUGGCCCAAGAGUCAAAGCAUCACUAUAGUCUGAUAGUAACCAGAAGAUGCGUUGCUCUCUUAGUUGUGUGGUGGCUCUAGGUGUAGCCGGUGGGAUCCAGCUCGUUCAAGCGUCGCCUAUGGCCCAGGAAUCUCCUGCGUCAAAGACAUCUUCAAACUCCUAUGGUUCCUUUACCUACGCUCAGGUCACUUCGACUCGAUACGCCACUUCGUUGAGUGCACCGCUGUCCUUUGCCACGCCGUUUGCCCCAGCUUUCAGUCAAGCGUCAACUCUGCUUCCCAGCAAUGUGACCUAUACCACAUACACUCUGCACCCCAGCCAGACUGUUGCACCAGACGGUCAGUAUGGGCAGAGUGCUUACGCUGCUCUGUGGGCCAAUUUAUCCUAUACUUCUGCUCCCCCGUUCACGACUACAGUCACCCCCACCGCAGUGCCCUCCAGCGAACUGAUCUACCCUCCUACUCUGUACAACAGGGUCGAUAAUGCGGACCUGAAGCUACCCUCGGAUUUCAUCUGGGGCGUUGCAGCUAGCGCAUGGCAGAUCGAGGGAGGUCUGCAGCUCGAAGGCCGUGGUCCCUCUGCCCUGGACACCAUCGGAGCCAUCCAGAGCAACGACAGCCAGUCAGAUGCAAACAUUGCUGACCUGAGCUAUUUUAUGUACAAGGAGGACAUUGCCCGGUUGGCUGCCAUCGGUGUCCCAUACCUGUCUUUCAGCAUCUCCUGGCCCCGGAUCGUUCCUUUCGGUACAGCCGGCUCACCCAUCAACACCCAGGGACUACAACACUACGAUGAUGUGAUCAACACCUGUCUGGAAUAUGGCAUUACCCCCGUCGUGACAUUGAACCAUAUCGACCUCCCACUCAGCCAACUAGACGACAUGUCCACCUUUUUCGACAACUUCAUCUACUACGCAAAGCAAGUCAUGACCCGAUACGCAGACCGUGUCCCCUACUGGGUCACCUUCAACGAACCAAACAUUGGAGUCGGCACCUCAUUCAGCGACUGGAACGAUCUCACCCGCAUCCUGACGGCUCACGCGGCAGUCUACCACUGGUACAAGGACGAGCUACAAGGAACCGGUCAACUGACCGUAAAAUUCGCCAACAACCUAGCCGUUCCCCUCGACCCCUCUAAUUCCAGCCACGUCGACGCAACCCUCCGAUACCAGGACUUCAUCCUCGGAAUCAUGGGCAACCCUCUCUUCCUAGGGCAACAGUUCCCCUCGGACGUCCUCAACACACUCAACCUAAACCUCACCGCAUUGACCGAGGACCAGAUCUCGACCAUCCACGGCACCGUCGACUUCUGGGCCUUUGAUCCCUACGUCGCCCAAUUCGCCUCCCCAGCCCCAGGAGGCAUCUCCGCCUGCGCAGCCAACCAGUCAGACAGCGCAUGGCCCGAGUGCGUGAGCACAACCAUGAUCCAAGCCGACGGCUGGCUAAUGGGCGACAUGUCCAACGCCUACGCUUCAAUCGCCCCGCAAUACGUCCGACAACAACUCGGCUACGUCUGGGAUACCUUCAAACCGUCUGGGAUCUUGGUCUCGGAGUUUGGUUUCAACCCGUUUGCCGAUUCGCAGCGUUCCGGCGACGCCCAGCGAUACGACCUGGAGCGCACCCUGUACUACCAGGAUUUCCUAGAGGAGAUUCUCAAAUCCAUCCACGAGGAUGGCGUGAAUGUAAUCGGUACACUGGCAUGGAGCUACCUGGAUAACAACGAGUUCGGGAGCUAUGACAACCAGUACGGAAUGCAAAGCGUCAAUCGGACAGAUGGGACCUGGAGACGUCAAUAUAAGCGGAGUUUAUUUGAUUACGUGGAUUUCUUCCACGAGCAUGUUGAGAGUACUUAGCUGAGUCUACGUGCCUUGAUCGUGUGGAUAUUAUUCCUACAUAGUACGACCUAUAUCUGCAGCAUCUAAAAAUAGCAGAGAAAGAUACUAGCUCA